ACGUGCACCCGAUCGGCGGCAAAAGAUGGCACGUGGUUUAUGCACGAUCCACUGUGCAAAGUCCAUCUUCAACGUCGCACAGGUGCCGUCACUGUCCUCUGUGACCGUGUCUCCGUGAGUUGUCCUUCCAAGCGAAGAAACGACCAACAUUAGGGCUCAAAGCCAGAGGAUUCCAUCUUAGUCAAUCUCCCGUCGAUUCGUACCUUCAAUGAAUUUCUGAGGCCACCUAACAGUUUCACUUUUCCUCUUCCUUUCGGUAUUUUGCCGUUUUCUUCUUUUGGUGCUUGAUUGCUUUCUCCAUGGACGAGACUUGCAUAAAUCUCCCCACUAGCCAUUUGCUUGGCUCAGUCCCUGCUGUAAUCAAUGAAGAGAAAGACGGCACAGACCAUAAAACACCAGAAGCAAGUAUGCAGACAUUCCCUCCAACUAAUGGAAGGGACAGAGGGAGAGGUUAUCAAACUCUUGAAAGUCCAAAUGAUCCUCAGCCGCAACCAUCAAGUAACUGGAAGGGAAUGUUUAGUGUAUCAUCUUACACUCAAUAUUUCAAUGUGGAUACAGACACUGUCAUGAGUAGAUUGAUUAGUUCCUUGUAUCCCAUUGGUGGAGAUUUUUCUAGCAAGAUCGAUGCAAACCCUGAUCUAUAUGGGCUUGUGUGGGUCACCACUACAUUGGUCUUUGUCCUUGCGGCAUUUGGAAACUGCGCGACCUUCCUCAUGCAAAAACAAAGUGAUCACGGAGCUGCAUGGAGCUUUGAUGUCAGCUAUGUGAAUGUGGCGGCAGGGUCUGUUUAUGGUUAUGCGAUUGUGGUUCCCACGGCAUUUUACUUUUCGCUUCAGUACUUGGGGUCAAAUUCUAACCUCAUAAGAUUUUGGUGCUUGUGGGGAUACUCUCUGUUCAUUUUUAUUCUGGCAUCUUUUCUGUUGCUCAUCCCGGUUGAAUUUCUGCGAUGGUUCAUCAUACUCCUUUCUGGUGCUGCCUCAGCAAGUUUUGUUACUUUGAACUUGAGGUCCUAUAUCGAUGGAAACGAUCUUUCGGUUCUGAUAGUUGCUGCAUUUUUCUUGCAAAUGGCCUUGGCAAUCUUCAUCAAAGUGUGGUUCUUUCCUUGAGCAGACUCUCUCAGUUUGUUGCUGUCAUCAGACCAUCUAUCUUUGCUUUGUUUCUGAGUGCUGACCUCUUAACUAAGGAACGAUUCCCUCUUGAUUGGUGUUGGUAGUUCUUUGCCUCUUAACUUGUGUGAUGAAUCACAGAAGCGGUCAACAGAAAACGACGUCGACGGUCAUAGUUUUUGUGAUUGGAAGUGAUUGUUUUAUCAUAACAACAAUCUCUAACAUGCUCACGGUAUUGUUUGCAGAGUGCGCAGAUGGGCUUCCCUCUUUAUGAAUAUUGUUUGAGGAGAGCGGAAUCUGUUUGUCUUUCUUUGAUUAUAAAUUUUCAUCUUAGUAUUCCACUCAAACACAGACGUCAUUGUAAAUAGACGUGGGAGAAUGUACUUGUGAUCACUGAUGUAAUGUGAUUGAUUGAAUUUAAAUACAAGUA